AUGAAUUGUGAAGUAGCAACACAGCACAGUGCAGAAAUGGAUGGACAGUAUUCUGAAGAAAUACCAAAACAAAACAAACUAUACUCUAGUAGCCAUGAUUUUAACAACAAUUUUACAAAUGGUGAAGAGAAUGAUUUAGGACGUAUAAGUAGGAGUGGUCUCAGUUCUUCAAGAAGCAACGUUAAGGAGUCAAGGUGGUUAACUUCCCCAAAGAAGUCAGAUGAGGAAUACGCCGCUUCUCAGACUACGGAAGCCAUAUUAGCAGAAAUAUUUGGUGAAAACACUCGCAUACCAGAACAAAGAAAGAGAAGAUAUUUCAAUGGUGAAGCCUUUGGUGAGCAUCACACGAAAGAAAAUUACAAUGGAGUAGAAGCAUAUAGUCAUAGAAAAAAUGCUUCCAUUAAAGUCGAGCCGGAAAAUAUACGGGGGGAAACCAGCAUUACAAAUCCAUACAAUGACACAUCUCCAAAACAUUUUAGCAUUGAGGAAAGGAAUGAUGAAGGUUCAUCAAAAGGUGAAUGUGAUUAUAAUGGAAAUGAUUUCACUACAAAUAAUACACAAUCUAAAAGAGGCCGUAAAGAAAUUGCUUAUGGAAGAGAAAUGUUUCCUUAUAGUGAUGCAUCGCAGAUUACAUUGGAACAUAAUGCCGAAAACCAUUCGACAAUUAAUGGUGUGAAGCGACUGUACCAAAAUACAUCUUCAAAACAACGUGUUUCUAGUUCCAUUGAAAACGCCUCGUAUUUAGACAAAUAUCCCACGUUGAAAGAUAUCCCUUUAACAAGACCUGAGUCUACUGGAAGAAGUCAAGCUACGCAAAGUUUGACGAGGUCUGUGAAUAUCGCUGCAGGCAAAACUUCAAAACGAAUGACAUCAAGUCCAGCUGCUUUGCAUCGUACAGCCCUUGUUCAAAGUAAUGUGGUUGGUUAUUAUGAGAAGUUGAAGAGUGAAGGAAAAAUACAGUCAUUCCGAGAAACAAGCUUGAUAGGUAGAACUACUUCACGAAAAGGUUUCAGAUCAAAAAGCAGUGAAACGCCGAUAAAGAACGAUCUAUCUACCUCGCCUUAUAGGUAAGCUCAAAUAUUUAUUAGUUAAGGAGUAACUUAUUACGUCAUGUAAUUCGGAAAAUCAGAAAUUGGGGGCACAUCCAACGCACCAAACUCUCCUGAAAGAAGGUCUUCGCUCGUAACGUCGGAAUCCAGUGCUUAUUUUGGGGAUCAAAGAACCCAAAAGCUUAAAGAUUUUUAUAGAAAAGUUUAUCUGGCCUGGUAAAUCGUAAGGAUGUUAAAAAAGUGUGAACUAAAAAUUUUUGCUUUUUAGUUUAUCAAAGUCUUGGGGAUCAACAAGGAGUAGAAAGGAAUUUCAAUCAUUAAAUGGAAACGGUGGAAAAGCUAAAGAUCAAACGGUAAUACGCGGGGCAUGUUUUAUAUUUCAAGCACGUUUGAAGAAGGGAGUUUCAUGGAGAGGGAAGACCUAAUGAAACUGAAACGCAUUAAAUAAUUCGCUAAACUAACGCGAACUACUACAUAAUUAUCUAAUUAGUAAUUCGUAUAUCUAAUUAGUACAUUAAUUUAUCUAAUUAGUAAAUUAAUAUAUCUAAUUAGUACAUUCGUAUAUCUAAUUAGCACAUUCGUAUGUCUAAUUAAUACAUUCAUAUAUCUAAUUACAUUCAUAUAUCUAACUAGUACAUUCAUAUAACUAAUUAGUACAUUCAUAUAUAUCUAAUUAGUACAUUCAUAUAUCUAAUUAGUACAUUUAUAUAUAUCUAAUUAGUACAUUCAUAUAUAUCUAAUUAGUACAUUCAUAUAUCUAAUUAGUACAUUUAUAUAUAUCUAAUUAGUACAUUUAUAUAUAUCUAAUUAGUACAUUUAUAUAUAUCUAAUUAGUACAUUUAUAUAUAUCUAAUUAGUACAUUCAUAUAUAUUUAAUUAGUACAUGUGUAUUUCCGUCGUGUUGUUGUGAAAAUAGAGAAGGUCGUUCUCUAAAAAAACGAAACGUAUUAGAGAGGGGGCUUUACACAUGGGGGCGGGAGGGCAGGGAGAAGGUUUACAAUACUGUGAUUAUUUGAUAUAUUUUCUUAGUACAAGCUCAUUUCUUUUUAGAAUGGUCUUAGCCAGAAGGAGAAAAUUGAACAGAUGUUUCAAAUGGAAGGAGAGAUCAGUCUAAAAAGGUUUUUUUGAUAUUCUUAAAAUACUACUAAACCACAAGAAAGGAAUAGAACCUUUGAACGCCUCUGCCUAAUACACAACGCGGCCGCGUAGUAUUAUCUCAAUAGUUCCUAUAUAAUUAUAUUGUGUAGAUAUAACAAAGCAUUAAACAUUGAUUUUCUUUAUAAUAUAACUUCAAAAUCAACUGUGCAUAUCUUGUUUUGUAGAGCUCAGGAAUUUGAGAAAUCGAAGUUGUUGCGAAAAGUCUUUGUUGCCUGGCAAAGAAGAGCACAAGUUUUGAGACUCAAAGCAGAUGAAUUAUGUAGAGUACAUCUCUUACGAAAGGGAUUAAAGGGGUUAAUGUACGCCAUAGAGCAUCAAAAAAUGGCUGUUGAUCGUUUUGCUGGGAAAGGGAGUAAAGUUUUGGUCGUGAAAUGUUGGCGAAUGGUAAGAUUGCGAUAACGUGCUUUUGUUUUGUGGAACACGCCGCGCAUAAUUAUUGCUUUUGAUCCGUAGGCCUGGAUCUUCAUCAGUUGUUUUAUUUUGAAAACACAAGAUGUGGCGAGCUGUAUGGAGAGGAUAGACUGUAUACGAUGUUGGGUUUUCUUCUGUUUUUUUAGUGGCAACAAAAAACACGCGAAAAACAAAGAAAGAAAAUGCAAGAAACAUUUGCGCAGUGGCGUUACUAUCAAUUGCAUGUUGAAAGGUUCGUGUGGUGGAAAGAUUAAAAAAAAAACAACAUUGUGUAAGGUUAAGGAGGCAAGGAUUCUCAAAGAAUGCUUUAAAUAGACGACGCAUAAAAUCGCCACCAGUAGGAAUUUGAGCCCAGAAUUCCAUAUACACUACUCCUUCAAGUGAAGGCGCACUUCAUGCAGUGCAGAAUCAUUGUAUUGCCAGCUUUCCCUCGGUGGAUAUGUUAAUUAGGCAAAAUGUCGCACUUACAUCAUGUGCCGGAACAAAUGUUAAUGAGCAGAACUCCAUUAUUUGAGCUCAUUUGCACUAAUGUCGACACACGAAAAGUUUAUCGUUUCAACUAAACCUUACGAUAAUUACUUUGUUCAUUUUAUUUAGAACCACACUACUGGAGAGUAUUGCUAACAGGCAUUUUUUGUCCAAAAAUUAUUCCAAGUGGAAAACGCGGUUUAACUCGAAACAGAAAAACAGUUUAGCAAAUGUUCAUUUCAAGUGAGUAUAAAAUAUUUACUUUAUAUUCAUUUUAUAAAUACCUUAGAUAAAGGGGUUGUACUUUUCUAAGAAAUUCAUUUUCUUUUCUUUUUCUCAGAAUCAAUUUGAUUUACAAAUACUGGAAUUGCUGGGCAGUUUACGUGAAAGAACGUCGUGUCAAGAAUCGCUUAAACAGCAUAGCAAGGUAGUGACAGAUCAUCUCAUUGUGUAUAAGUAACAUUUAUAAAAAAAUAUAUAAUUAAUCUAUUAUUUUAAUUGUUAUAGAUACCAUCAUGGAGAGAAGAUUCAGUGUCAUCUUUUUCAGUAUUGGAAAAGCAUCACCCAGAAGUCGUUAUUAAGUCGUCGUCUUGCAAGGUUUUAUCGAAAUUUUAUUAUUAGCUUGUAGUAAUUACCCGUGAAUUGUGAAAUAAAUAAAACAAAAAUGUACUCGUUUACAGAUAUUUUUAACAUUAUCCAGAUAAUAUAAUACUUCAUUCUUUCAUAUUUUUAGACGACGGGUUUUGUUAAAAGCUUUUUUCCACUGGAAACACUGGACACAAUAUGCUAAGUAAGUUCACGACUUUUGUUUAAAAUGCCCUAAAAUGAUUUUUCGCUUGUGUACCACCAGUAUACCGGUAAUAUUUGGGUCAUUCUCAAAAGAAAUGUAUGAUAUUUUUGUUGGGAAAACCUCAUCUUCAUCGAAUUGUUCACUGUAGAAGUUGCCGGAUAUGAUGAACUACAAAUUAAUUUAAUUAAUUCCGUUUAAUUUGCAGAAUUGUUCAUUUACGGUUACAAAACAUGUCUAAGGAAUACCACAGGAAAACAAUAACAAGAAGAAUGUUUAAAAAAUGGAGACAAGCUAAGAGAAUGAAAAUGGCUCUUGAGUUUUGCAGAAAAACACAGCAAAGGUAUGGAUAUAGUAUAUAUGGUACUAAUCAUGUUGCAACUGAGGGAUAAAUUGCAAAGGAUACAACUCAAACAUGGUCGUGCGAUCGUAUCCAAGACUUUCUGUGUCGCCUCUCUUAAGGUGGUUACUGGGCGUACCCUCGAAGCAGAAGAGAGAAUUAUAAUCAUAACUCUACCUACAUGAGGUUUGAACCAUGGCAAAUCAAAGCUGUAUAUACCCUCGCGUUGACCGCAUCUGCACCGCCUCCGCACAGCCACCUUAAGCAUUUACAAAGACAUGAAGUUUCCGAAAAGAGCUAAGUGAGCGCGCGGGGAGUGAUGGGAAGAUUGAAAUAAAGAGUCUGCCUCCCCCCCCCCCCGUACUUAGAUAGAUCCUUAUAAUACUUGUCCGUAAUCAGUUUGUUCUUAAUUAAUCCAUUCUCUAUCAAGGUUGAGGCCUGCAUUAAUAUGAGCUGCGUGUUUCGUAUAUGUGACGACAGUUUCAGCUCAUGACUUCGCCAGGUUAUACAUUUUUAAUUUGCUUUUUGACAGUCGAGCAAUGAAGUUAUGGAAUUUGAGAUACAUGAGGAAACGGAUCCACAAACACUUGUGUAAAGCUUUAGCAAGAAAGGUAAAAUAUCUUUUGAAUCAGGAUUUGAAUCAGGAUUGUCAUUUGUUCUUUCUGGGGUUUUUUUCAAUCCUCUUAGUUUUUUAUGCAAUUUCUUGUCAGGCAAAGAAGAGAAGAUUCUUGGAGAAAUGGAUUUGUUUUGUAAAGCUACAGAAGCAAUCGCGAGGAGAAUUUAUCAAAAUAUUACAAAUCGUCCACAUCAGAACAUUUUUCAAAUGUUGGAGAAAUGAAACAACAGAAAGAAUUCAAAUGAGGUAGAACUGAGACGAAUAAUUCCAAGCUUUUUUAAUACUUGAUUGUGAAGGCUUCGUAGUCAAGGAUAUUUUAUAAAUUUCAUAGAAAAUCACUGAAGACAUUUCAACAAGAGAGAGUCAAAAGAAUCGUUCAUAAGCAAUGGGAAUCCUGGAAAUUUCAGCUGAAAAUUCUGGAAAUGAGAGAACGUUCCAAGAACAAUUGGUCACUGCGAUGUGUUAGAAGAUGUUGUCAAGUGUGGAAAUUGAAGGUGAAGAAAAUGCAGCUAGGAAUGAAACUUCAUCAAAGUUGUUCAACAUUCGAGAUCCUUGUUGCAAGACGUAAGAGAAUCCUUUCCUUUAUUUCCUUCUUUCCAUUUUCAGCAGCUGACAUACUGGAGAUAUUUUGAGCUAUUUAAACAUUAUAAUAUGUGCCAAUGCAGGUCGUGCCGAUGAUAAGAACGCUUCGGAUUGAUAGGGUUGCAACUACAUGAGAAAACAAAGAGAACUUCCAUGUUUCAUCGAGAAGUUAUUCAUUUCUUAUUCAAACAUCACCCUGUGUUUCUUGCAGGUUAUUUCAAGUCGUGGCAGAUUCAAUUACAGAAAGUGAGAGAACAGAAUGCAAGGGCUGAGAACGUGGCGAGAAUUUUACAAAAGAACAGACUUGGCCGCGUCCUACAAGCAUGGCGGGUUGUGAAUCAAGAAGAAUGCAUUAUUGAACCUCUCGUCAAAAGACGUGUACGUAGAGACAUGGCAAGGUGUGGUUUAUUUUUUAUCUUUUUAAUAUCGUUUACACAGAAUGUGGUCGCCCCAGACCCAGUAUUUAUAACCCCCAAUGAUUAUAUUACUUCUGACUCUGCUUACAAUCAUUCAAAUAUACCUCAUUUGAUAUCUGAACGAAUGUAUUUUAGAGUGUUUGAUGCUUGGCGUCGUUAUAUAUCGCGUGGAACUUGUUUGAGAAGAUUACACGACACGAAAAAUGACAGAUUGAAAAGGACUGCAUGGGAAACGUGGAGGUUUGUCAAAUAUUAACGCUGUCUUUAAAUGAGAAACCCAGAUUUUUCAAUGAAGGUAGACGUAAAUCAUGAUAUAAUACCAAUAUGUGUGUUUGCCAUGCAUCAGUGACCUUAACGAUAUCGGUAGACUGUGUACAAGUCAAAAGGUUAAAAAAACGGUUACUCGAGCUUGAUAAAAUGUUCGUAUUCUUCAAAAAUCUUAAAGGUACGAAUGAUAUUUUAUGAAUGUUUAUUUUUCAUUUAGUGUCAAGCUGUGGUGUAGAGCAAAAGAAAAAGAAGUUGAGGAAACAUUGCGCUUUUCAAAAGUAGCGAGACACUUCUUCGUUUGGCUGGGUUCGUGUUCAAAUUCAUAUUUUUUGUUUUUAUUUACGUAACAAAAUUACAAUAAGGUAGGUGACAUUACAAAAGGACCUCGUGGGUUCCCUACAAGGUAAUAAAGCUAAAACUAGGUUUAUUUUGAAUCAGAUUUAUUUUAUCAUGCAUUAAUAUUGCAGAGUACGUGAGAGAGUUGCGGCAGAGCGAGAGAAUGGCUGAACAGAGAAAGGAAAGUAUGAUGAGAAAAUAUAUUCAAACAUGGAGGAAAAAUGCGGCACAGAAAGCUGAGUUAAGAGAAUCAGAAAAUGCACAAAAGGUGGGGGAACCAGCUGUAUUCGUUUUUAUUUUCAAAACGUUAUCACUUUCACUUACGGCGUAGCUGAACUUGCUAAAUUUUGAUAUGUUUUUUGACAACAGCAUUCAAAUAUUUUCAAUAUCUUUCACUGCAGUACCAUCGUCAAAUACUUCUCCGUUGUUUCUUUACAUCCUGGAAGCAGAAGGCCACACAGCAUGCGCAACGUAUGACUUCAAUGGUAAGAAGAGCGGAUGAAGCGAGGCAGAGAAUACUCAUGAGACGAUCAUUAUCAAGAUGGCAGAGACAAUAUUUAGUGGAACUCAAGACAAGGUAUGCAGAAUUUAUCAAACUGGACAGGCUGAUAGAGAGUAUUGUACUAUAUUUAUGGUCGUUGAAGAAUUUUUGUAGAUGGAAAUCUCGAGCGGAAUAUUAUAUAGAAUUUUCAGACCUAACCAGGAACAGCUAUGAAAAAUGCAACUAUAUACCCUCUGACAGGAAUCCAACCUGCGGCCAGUGCUCUGAGCUACAGAGUCCAGUUGUCGAACUCUAACCACAAGUUCUUGUGUAUAUAUAUAUAUAUAUAUGUUAAGUUGUGUUAUUGUACACUCCGUAAUAUGUUAAGAUGAAAAUGUUCUAGAGUGUGUAUAAUAUAAUUUCCAUACCCAGCGCAAGCAGAAAGAUGUUGUCUGCCGCGGCUGGGUCUUGAACCCGCGACCUUCGAAUUACUAGAUAUAAUUAAUAGAUUUGAAGAUUUGUAAUCCAGGCAUUUUAUUAAAUUAUAAUUUUUACAAAAUUAUACAGUGUUCUCCGAAAAAAAUAAUAAAACAAAUAAUUACAAUCUGGAGAACACUGUAAAAUUUUGUAAAAAAUAUAAUUUAGUAUAUAUAGAUGAUGCCAGUAUAAUAAAGAAUCUCGAUAUUUAUACCCAUACCUUAUACUGGCAUCACCCUCUAUUUAUGGUACUCUAUUCCAAGCUAGAAAACUGGAAGAAAUAUUGGGUGAGAUAAUAAAUAUACUCAAGUUAAAUUAUUUUUUCUCACAGAGAAUAUGUAAAGUUAAAGUGGCAUGAAAUAUUAAAGACAAUAGUUUUGGCCUGGAAAGAUUUUGCAAAAACCGAACUGGAACGUCAAGUUUGCGACUUUGCCACGAACCUCGCUAUGGACUCGUCCCAGGGCUCCGCAUUCUUAUCAACUUCUGGUUACCAGACCUCUUUAAAGAACUCAUCUUCAUCUUUUCAAUUUCUUGCUGCCGAUGAGGAGGUCAGUGUUACCAGUAAUUAUAUUUGCAAACCAUACUUAAUGUAUUCAGAGCGAGGACCUCAUAGUGUUUUUCAUUUCUAAUUUGGUUGUUCUGCAAGUAAACUUCAAAUGCUCUGAGAAGAUUUCGGUGUCCUAUGUUGGGAUCAAAAUUGUUGCCUUCACAAUGUAAACCCAACGGUGUACUAGUUUAGGCAGUAUGGGAAGUUGUAUUGACAGUAGCCUAAAUUCGUGUUUGUUUUAUCAUUUUCCAGAUCUUCUCUCCAAUUCCAACUCCGCGUUCUCGGCCAGUUACUCCAACAUUAAACGAUGAUGACAUCUCAACUCCAAGAUCAUUCGCCAUCAUACCUAGUUACCGUCCUGUAACCAUAGACCGACAGAUACCCCUCGUCUCUGAACGACCAACGAGUCGGUGUGCAUCUCCGCUGACCAGACAGCGCAGUCUUGAACAGAUGUCACAAACAUCACCACAACGAUCAAGUGAAGACGACACGGUUCUUUCUUCUGGAGUUCAUUCUUCCGGGGUUCAUUCUGCCGGGGAUGAAAGUGACCAGGUGACGUAAUAAUAAGAUCAUUAUUCUCAUGCGGCACAAGCGCAGAAGCCCUGGGUACGAGGUUGGACGAUGAAAACAAAGUUAGACUGGAAUGUUGAAAUAUGGAGUCGUGGAUGUAACUUGUUCGGGGAUUGCAUUCACUGACUUAGGGCCUGUUUAUAUGGACGCCGGGCUGGCCCGCUUAGCGAGACAGACCUAAUUUAUGAAGAUGAUUACCGUGUUAAUAAGAUGACAGUGCGAUACUGGUUUCCUUUGUGUUUCACUCAUGGAUUAUCACUGAGUUGUAUUUAAACGUCAAAUGAAAUUUGUUUUUCUUGCAGGAUGAUCGGACGUCUAUUCAUAUUACCGAAUCCCUAUACUCGUACCAGACCACCAGUGAUGGUAUCGCACGCGACCGUGAGCUCUUGGUAGCUGAGACUAUAAUCCAUUGGCGAUCUUUGUCACUGAGUGUGGCGUUUCGUUCGUGGUAUAAAUACACGCGACACAUGAAUCUCGUGAGAAUGACGUAUGGUGAGUGGAUGGCGCGAGAUAAGGAGAGACUGGUGACGAAAUAUCUUGGGACAUGGAGACGUUGGUUAUUUGUUUCUGUACUGGCCAGACAACAUUGGGUGAGCUUUUCAAUUUCUGAUUUUCCUGAUUCAUUUUCUAGAUUGUCUGGAUGGCGUUAUAAGUAAAUGUCAUUGAGUAACUUUGUAUUACAGUCGAUUUCACGAAAGUUUGAUCACAAAUGCUUCAAGCUUCGUUGCGAAGUUCGCAAGUUCGUUGCGAAGUUCGGAAAUUCAUAUUGGUAUUCACAAGCAAAUUUGAAGUCCCUGAUUGGUCCCUGAAGUAAUUAUGAAGCCAAUCACAUGCGUAGUUCACAAACUGGUUUGUGAAUCUCAUUAUGAUCUUUUGAACUUCUCAACGAAGUUCGGAACAUUUGUGGUCAAAGGUAUCUGAAAUCGACUGUAAAGGCUGCAUUCGCGUGUUUCAUACGCACGGAAAAGUUGAAUCUUUGUAAAUUUUAUAGAAGUACUAAUUACCUCAUCCUAACCAUCACAUGUUGUUGGUGUUCGCAUACGUCAGAAUGAGAAGGUUGCAGCUUUGUUGUAGCCUGCUAACAGAAUUAUUGUAGAAGAUAUAAUGAUUGAAGGAACAUUAGGUAAUUUCUCUUUCCAUUUUCUAGGUGAAUCAAAUGAAAAGGAAAUUCUUGUUUCAAUGGAUAAAAUAUCGCAAGCAACAACUCCAGAGAAGGCGGCAGAAAGAUGAAGCUGAUCAUUUCUCGAACAGAAAUUUCCUGAAGAAGUUUUACAACACUUGGAAGCAAAAGGUCGGUCACUGCGUGCAUGAUUUGAUUUCCAUGUGUAUCAAGCGAACGACGAUUAGCUCAAACAUGACAGAGUCGAAUGUCUAGGGCGCCUGGCUGCCACGAUACGAACCAUAGAUCAAGGUGGAAGCUAGGGUUAUAUAGUUUCUUUAUAAGAGAAGAAAAAAUCCCUCGAUCACAAAAGGGAACCAACCACAUGAAUUUAGAAGUACAUCAAGUCAGAGCAGUUAGGUUACUGUGUGGCAUGUUCAGUUGUUUUUUCUAUCAGUAACCGUUGGUUGUUGUUCUGUUUGGUAAUCAUUAUUUCCACUGUUUAACAGAGAACAGCAAAAUGUCAAUUACAAAACAUUGUCUUGCGAUGGCAACGGUCGGCGAAAGGUAAGACUUGGGAUUAUUUUCAAAUACACUUUCAUGAUGUUUGCAUCAUGGUGAUAGAUAUAACAUUUGUUGUGGUUUGUGGUGUACACAAUUUUAUUUAUUAUUGCUUUCGAUCCGUAAGCCUGGAUCAUUACUGCUUGUAGUAUAUUCCAUUACUGGAAGGAAAAAUUAUUGCUUUUCAUUUCCUUUCAUCCUGUCAGAAAAUAAUUCUAUCAAAUAUUUUUGUAGUUACCGACAUGGAUAAACAAGUGAUCGAGCAAUAUAAAAUCAGAGAUCGAGUGAAUUGUUUAAGAAGAACGUUUCAUUAUUGGAAAAAGGCAGCACGUUUUUCCCAACAAGCGACGCAUAUGUCUCAAACUUUAUCAUUACGAAGGUCAGCACUUGUAGUUUCUGUUGAAAUAAAAUGAAGAAAAUCCUCUGAAGUAAUGAUUGAUGAAUUAUAGGCGUUAAAAAAUUAUAUCUCUGACUUUUGAUUUAUUUUGCCUAAUUUUGUAUAGAUGUGUCUUAGCCUGGCGAGAUAUCACUUCAUUUCGAACUGCACAUCGUAAGAAGAUGGAGACAUUCAGAGCUAAACAUGUGUUAGCAAAGGUUGGAUAAGAAUAUUUGAACUGUCUUGCUAAGCCUUAAGGCCCAUUUCCACUCAAGAAAAUUUUCCACGUACAGAAAAUUUUCCCAAAAUAUCAUUGUUAAAAAGUGAAAAUUUUCAACUUCAAAAUUUUGUUCCGACGGAAAAUUUGUGUCGGCCAAUCACAUUUUACAAAGUUUUCUUUCUGCGGAAACUUUUCCUGAGUGGAAAUGAACCUUAAGAGUUCUUCUCUGUCAAAUGUUAUGGAUAUGAACAUCUGUCUUUCUAAGUUGAUUAGACUGCUCUGUAAUCUACUCAUUUUGUCUUUCAGGCUUUCAACGAAUGGCUGUUACGUUACGAAGACGUUCGGACCGCCAGAAUUAUUCUUGGGGUAACAUUUUUAGUCGUAAUGCAGUGUAUUCAUUUUUUCGAGAAUAUUGACCCAAAAACAUCUCGUUUAGGUUUCGGAAGAAAGAAAAAUUGAUAAGAUUUUUAAAGCAUGGCAUUCCUGGGCUACAGGUGAAUUUGAUUUAAAUUUAAGUUUAAAAAUGUGAAAAUUUUAAUAUUCUUAUUAUUAAUUAGAAUUGAUAAUAAGUAGUUCUAAUUUCUAAUUAUUGUUUUGACAUAGCGACAAGCUAUAGAAGAAAGGCAUCUCUUGCGUAUCACCGUUCCCAAGAAGAAAGAAAAUUGAAAGAGAAAUUUUUAUUUUGGUUCGCUGCUGCCAAGGAAUGUAUUAAUAUGAGAGAAUAUUAUCACAAGUCUCUGCAGAGAAGGUGAGGAAAGGAAGGGAGAAUUAUUAACAUCCUCAAUUGUAAGACAUAGCUAGGCAGGCGAGGGUGUGCUAAUUCUUACUUGCAGCUGGGAGCUGAAUUACAGUAUUGAGAGGAACAAUUCAUUCUAAGAAAAAAACCAAAGAAAUUGAAUUUAUUUUUUAUGUAGAGUUCUCAGAUCCUGGCGUGCUGUUUUAGUACAGAAAGCUAGUACUAAUACAUCUAUUCAAGAAUUUCAAAGUAUCGUCCUGAAAAAUUCGGUAAUUAUUAAUAGUAAUCAUUGUAUUCAUGCAGUCUCUGAGGGUCCUUUCGUUAAUUUUCAAUAUAUUAAUGAAAGAAAAAUUCGCAAACGUCCAUAAAUUUAUUUUAAUAUAUUUGUAGUUACGUUCAACGUUCAUUUUUUGGCGUAAGAGAACAAAGAAUAAUGAAACUAUGGUUGAGUAUUCAAAAUUGAAAAAGAAACAACAUCUUGCGUCAGCUUUCAAUCGAUGGAAACAGCAGAAAAGGAAACAAGAUGCUAAGAAGCAUUUCUUUCAAAGUCUCAUGAGAAAGGUAAUGACAUUGUGUUUCGAAUAAAUCAACAAGCCACUCUCUAUUAAAGCCCCCUUCCACGAAUGUGUCUGAAAACGAGGCUUAACUGAGGAUUUGCUGCAUUUACCGGAUCAGGUUUUCAUCUUCCUUAUUCUUGUUUUUAGAUGUUUACGUGUUGGUGUGAACAGAUUCUGAAACGAAACAAGGUAUUUGAUCACCGUUAUAAGUGAAGAACAACUAUCAGUGUUAUGUACACUAGUAUAGAAGAAUUUCUUUCGCAAAUUAGUAUUCUGUUGAGCAAAAAACCUUCAGUUUUGUUAUAUAUCAAUUUUCAGGCCCGACAGCAUUUUAAAUUUUGGCAAACUAAAGCCGAAGGUUGGUGUCACCAUAGUUUUUGAAAUUGAAGAAAUUCAACCGGUAACUUCUAUGAGUUUUUAUUAAUUACUUUCACUUUUCUAGGAAAUAAAGAACUAAAUCAAGUUGCAGAUACCCUAGUGUAUGAUUCUGAGAAUAAAUUAUUAAGAAUGAAGUUUAUGUUUUGGAGAAAGCUCACAAAACAUUCGCAAGUUGCCAAAUAUCACCAUGAAACGAAAAUGAUGCGAAGGUAUGAAAGUAGUGUACUUGUCUCAGAUAUACAAACUCCUUCAUGGUAAUGAUUUCCUUCAUGUUUCCGUCGUGAAACUAACGUUUAAUUUUUGUUUUAGACAUUUUCUAGGCUGGUAUGAUCAUUUUGGUAAGGAAAAAAGACUUUUGAACCAACUGAAAGAGUUUCAACGUUCACAUCAGCGAAACCAUUCAGGUUUGCUCACCAAAUACAUGAAAAUAUGGCUGAAUAAAUCUACGUUUUCAACGAAAGCUGAGAAUUUGGUUAGUUUUAUAUCUGAUGCAUUAAAAUUACAAAUAUAUUUCGAUAUUGAAGUGACAUAUAAAGGUUUUCUUACUGUCUAAUGUAACUGUAUGAUUUCGUAAAUGCGUGGAUCUGUAACUGAAGAUAAAGGGCCAAUAUCUCAAAUCAACAAGACGAGGCUCUGUAGCCAAGGCCGAGUACUUUCAAGUGCAACUCUAUUUUCACAUGUACCACGCAGGUCUCAUAAAGGUCCAUAGAUUGAAGAAGAUAUUCUUUUCUCAUUUCAGUAUAAUGAAACGUUAUAUUCAAGAUACUGGAAAAUGUGGCGACAUAACUUCGUUCGAAGUAGAGUUUCAUCAGCUAUGGUUCAUCAUGACAACCAGAAAAUACUAUCCAAAGUAAGAAAUGUAAUAAUAGAGUUAUAUAGAGUCGACGACUGCAGACAUUUGCCCGUGUUUUUUUACUGAUAACUGACAAGAUAUCUUAACUGAUAGCUGACAAACAAUAAAACAGCAAUUUGUAACUGAUAUACUUAUCUUUGGUUUUUAGGUAUUUAUUUCUUGGUUCAACGUGACUGCCUCACACAAGAACUUAUCAAAGGAAAUCAAGUCAUCUUGUCUAAGAAAAUGGUUUCGAAAGUGGAUGGCACGUUACAAUAAUUCCUAG